AAUUACUCGACGUAUAAAAAGCGAUGAUAACAAAGAGAAUAAGAAUAUUUCAUAUAAAAUGUUGAACUGUUCCUUUAAAGCCACUAGAUGUUGCUCAACAACACAUUGAAUGAAUAAUAAGCUUUAACUUCUCUUUAGUUAAAAAAAGUCAACACAUUGCAUUUGAUUCUGAUUUAAUGAGUACAGAUAAACGCCGUUCACUUCUUUAAAUGACCAUUUCUGUGAUUGGUCGAGCGUGACGUCACGUUGUUGCUGACUGCGAUUCUUUUUAUAAGUGUUUACCUCCACUGCUGCCUAUGCUAUGCUAACGCGCGCGCGCGCGCGCACACAGUCGAAUGAUGCCUGCGUGCGGCUCAUCGAUACCACUCUGGACGCGCACGUGGGGGUUGGUCUGCAUUCGGCUGAAGCCCCCCAGGAGAGCAGGAGCUUUCUGUCGGCCCGCGAUGACCGUCACGUAUUCCAGCAAAGUGGCCAACGCCACUUUCUUCAGCUUCCACCGGCUGCUGCUCCGGUGGCGCGGGAGCAUCUACAAGCUGCUGUACCGGGAGUUCGUGGUGUUCCUCGCGCUCUACACCGGACUCAGCGUGGUCUACAGGCUGGUCCUCGCCGACCAUCAGAAGAGAUUGUUCGAGAAGCUCUCGAUGUACUGCGAUAAAUACGCCGAACAGAUUCCCGUCACCUUCGUCCUCGGCUUCUACGUCACUCUGGUGGUGAACCGCUGGUGGCAUCAGUUCGUUAACCUGCCGUGGCCGGACCGACUCAUGGUCCUCAUCUCCAGCUGUGUUCGGGGUAAAGACGAGUACGGCCGCCUGCUGCGCCGCACUCUGGUGCGCUACGUCAACCUGACGUCGCUGCUCAUCUUCCGCUCCGUCAGCACCGCCGUCUGCAAGCGCUUCCCCACCAUGGACCACGUGGUGGAGGCAGGCUUCAUGACUGCAGAGGAGCGGAAGGUGUUUGAGAACAUCCGAUCUCCUCACCUGAAGUACUGGAUCCCCGUCGUCUGGUUCUCCAACCUGGCGUCCAAAGCGCGACAGGAAGGACGCAUCCAGGACAGCAUCGACCUGCAGAACCUCCUCAACGAGAUGAACCACUUCAGGACGUGGUGUUCCACGCUCUUUGGAUACGACUGGGUCGGCGUCCCGCUCGUCUACACGCAGGUCGUCACGCUCGCUGUCUACACCUUCUUCUUCGCUUGUCUGAUUGGACGUCAGUUCCUCGACCCGGCGCAGGGUUACCAUGGACACGACCUCGACCUAUACGUGCCCGUCUUCACGCUGCUGCAGUUCUUCUUCUACUCCGGCUGGCUGAAGGUAGCAGAGCAGCUGAUCAACCCGUUCGGAGAGGACGACGACGACUUCGAAGCCAACUGGAUCAUCGACAGGAACCUCCAGGUGUCCCUGCUUGCCGUAGACGAGAUGCACAUGAACCUGCCUCCCAUGACCAAAGACAUGUACUGGAACGACUGCGAGGCGCGCCCGCCGUACACGCUGGCGGCCGCGGACUACUGCAUCCCGUCCUUCCUCGGCUCCACCACCGACAUGGGACUGUCCAACAUCCUGCAGUUUGACGAGACUGAGGUCAGCGACAGUCGCCCACGGCACCAGGAGUCGGUUUUGGCCGGGCGCCAAGAGUCGGUUCUGCGUCGCGUCCGGCGGUUGCUGAGUGUUCAGGAGCCUCCUGAGCUCCAAUCUGCUCGACCCAUCUUCAAACGGCACAGCAGUGGUGCAACAGGAAGCUUCUUCUCAGACCUCAAGGUAAAUCCAGGUUUGGAGGACGUGGGUCUACCCUCCGCUGCUUUGGACACCCUGUCCACCUUAAGGGAGGUGGGCAGCAACCCUCCCUCUCCUGAAAGCCCGCCCUCGACUGUCUUUCCCCGGCUCGUCAUCAGUCCGCCGUUGUCCGUUUAUUUUUCUGACAACGGUGCUGCGGCAAAACCACCAAACGGACGGGACCCUUCCCCUUCUGAAGAGGCAUCGGGUUUGGAUGCAUCCCAGAAUGGCUACGCGGUUUGCUGCUCCCCCACCCAGUUGGGACCGAAGGAAUUCCGUUGGACGAGUCGCCCACCGACCCGGCCGCGGAGGCGCCAGUUCUCCCUCCAGUUCUCCAGGCAAGGGUCGAAGGCGUCGGUCCGAAGCCUGCCGAGCCCCAAGGCCUUGGGAAGGCGAAGGCGAGGCCUGGCUCGGUACCAAUGCCAACGCUCACCCAGUCCGCACGCCAACACGCUGCAGCUGCCCGACCCAGAGUACGACCACGACUUCCAGGGAGUGGUGGGCGCCGAGGACGAGGAGGAAGCGCCAAAGAACCCCGAGUCCCAAUCGCAGAGCUCGGAGAAACUAUGAGGGCCACUCACGCAGCAACGAGGUACCUCGGAUUCAAAGCUUCAGAACACGACAAGAAAAGCCCCAAGAGGAAAAGUUGCCUCUAAGUUUAAAGCCGGGAUUAUGGGUUUUCUACUUGUUGCCAUGGGAAACCAGAGGGACAAAAGACACACAAUAAUUCAAAUAUUAGAAAUGAGCAACUUGGGCAAAGAUGGAAAGCACCAACAAAACCACAACUUCACAGCCUGAUUGGCUCAAAGAACUGCCAGAAAAAAAAGAAGCCUUAUUUAUGCCUCAAUUUUUCUUAAUGGAAGAAAAGAACUAAAGAAUUUACAAGAACUGUUGCUGCUGAAUAUUAAAAAACAACACUUUUUCAAAUAAAGUGUGACUGAUUUGUCAAAAGAAA